GUAACGGUUUGUGUUGUGGGUAAAACGGUCACUGAACCCGGAGGAACCACGAAGGCAGACCUGCUGGUGAGAUUUGUGGGUCCGUCUGCUGUGUCGUCACUUUGUGACUGAAAUCACUGUUCAGAUCAAACAUGAAGUUUUCUGUGAGAGCGAUGUGACAACAGCGGAACGAAAGUUAGCCGCCCUCCACCGCCGGAACUUCCCUAUGUGACACCAGGCGGAAGUAAACAGGAAAAAGCUGAAGUAGCCUUAACUUUCCACAGGUGUCGGGGUCAGUAAAGUUCGAAGGUAGCAGAGUGUAUAGUUGUGUGUGAGCCGCGGCAGCAACGAUGCCUUCAGUUCAGUAUCUGAGAGAGUUCAUCAACGAGCGACUAACUGCUGCUGCUGAACAAAUAUUCUUGGAGUUUGAAAAAACGAUCGUCCAGUACGAGGAAGAGAUCGACCGUCAGCGCAGACUGCUGGAUAUCACCUGGAAACCCCAAAUCAAGCUGCACAGGACAGACCUCCCACUGCGACUCCUCUGCAGAGAGGAGGAGGUUCUCCCUGAGCAGCAGCUCUGGGACCAGGAGAGGAGCUCCAGUGUGGAGCAGGAGGAACCAGAACCUCCACAGAUUAAAGAGCAACAGGAGGAACUGUGCAGCAGUCAGGAGGGAGAGCAGCUGGGACUGGAGGAGGAGACGGAUACCUUUACGGUGACUGCUACUUACGAGGAAAGUGACCUCAGUAACGCCACUCACUCUGACUCCAGUGUGUUUGUUGGGACUGAAUCCAGAGAAGCAUUCAAAGUUUUAAAUAAUUCUACCCAGAUCGAGAAAGACAUCAGCCAUCAGCCCAGAGAGCUGGACGUCACCACCAGUGCUGAGACAGAUGUGCACAGAACAGACCUCCCACAGCAGCAGCUCAGGAACCAGGACAGGAGCUCCAGAUUGGACCAGGGGGAACCAGAACCUCCACAGAUUAAAGAGCAACAGGAGGAACUGUGCAGCAGUCAGGAGGGAGAGCAGCUGGGACUGGAGGAGGAGACGGAUACCUUUACGGUGACUGCUACUUACGAGGAAAGUGACCUCAGUAACGCCACUCACUCUGACUCCAGUGUGUUUGUUGGGACUGAAUCCAGAGAAGCAUUCAAAGUUUUAAAUAAUUCUACCCAGAUCGGGAAAGACAUCAGCCAUCAGCCCAGAGAGCUGGACGUCACCACCAGUGCUGAGACAGAUGUGCACAGAACAGACCUCCCACAGCAGCAGCUCAGGAACCAGGACAGGAGCUCCAGAUUGGACCAGGGGGAACCAGAACCUCCACAGCGCACAGAGGAACAGAACAAACUCUGCAGCAGUCAGGAGGGAGAGCAGUCCGUAGUGACAGAGACGAAAACUUCUACGGUGACUCCUGCUCACAGCAAAAGUGACCACAGUGAAUCAGAAGCAAACCGUGACCAGCUCCUCACUCACGGCUCUGCUGCAGCUGAGAGCCGAGAUCAGGAAGGAGGGAAGAAGGGCGAUUCAGACUCUGGAAAUCCAGAGUCAAAACUUCAUGUAAACAGAAGUCAGAGCAACAAUUCUGAAGAAUUCCCACCAUCAGCGAGUCGGUGUAACACUGACACGGGUCGAAAAUCUCUCCAGUGUGACAUUUGUGGAAAGUCUUUUAAGAAAAAGUGCCAAAUGAAGGAGCAUUACAAAAUCCACACAGGUGAGAAACCAUUCACCUGUAAUACAUGUGAGAAAAGUUUUGCUCAGAAGAGCACUUUGCUGCGCCACAUGACUGUCCACACAGGAGAGAGGUUGUUUUCCUGCCACAUAUGUGGCAAAACUUUUAGGCAACGCGGGAAUCUGAUGAUCCACCUGAGAAUCCACACCGGUGAGAGGCCGUAUUCCUGCACAAUGUGUGAAAAGACUUUCAGUCAGAGUAGUCAUUUGUUGGGCCACAUGCGAAGCCACAGAGGAGAGAAGCCGCACCAGUGCGAUCACUGUGGGAAAUGUUUUUCCGAAUCAUCGUCACUUAAAUUACACAAAGUGAUCCACACAGGAGAGAGGCCUCAUUCUUGCCAGUCAUGUGGGAAAACGUUCAUUAAACGCAGUAACCUGCUGCGCCACAUGAGAACGCACACAGGAGAGAAACCGUAUGUUUGCGAGACCUGCGGGGAAAGAUUUACUCUGUCAACAUCGCUAAAAAGCCACAAUGCGAUCCACACGGGAGAGAAGCCGUAUCACUGUAAAACCUGUGGGAAAAUGUUCCGCCAGAGUCAUCAUUUGUUGUUUCACAUGAAAACACACAACCAGCAGAAGCUGCAGUCUGCGGCAGCAACGAUGCCUUCAGUUCAGUAUCUGAGAGAGUUCAUCAACGAGCGACUAACUGCUGCUGCUGAACAAAUAUUCUUGGAGUUUGAAAAAACGAUCGUCCAGUACGAGGAAGAGAUCGACCGUCAGCGCAGACUGCUGGAUAUCACCUGGAAACCCCAAAUCAAGCUGCACAGGACAGACCUUGCACAGCAGCAUAUCUGUAAGGAGGAGGUUCUUCCUGAGCAGCAGCUUUGUAACCAGGAGAGGAGCUCCAGACUGGACCGGGAGGAACCAGAACCUCCUCAGAGUACAGAGGAACAGCAGGAACUGUGCAGCAGUCAGGAGGACGAGCAGGUUGUAGUGAAGGAAGAGAAUGAUACCAUUUUUAAGGUGACUGUUACUUGGGGGGAAAGCAACCAGAGUGAAGCAGAACCAGACAGUGACCAGCUCGCUGCUCACAGCUCUGCUGUAGCUGAGAGCCAAGAUCGGGAAGGAAGCAGGAAUGUCAAUUCAGGUUCGACUGGAAAUAGAAGCAGAAGUCAGAGCAAUGAUACAGAAAGCUCUCCCAUGCCAGCUGAUAAGUGUAACACUGAUAUAGGUAAACAGCCUUUGAAAGGAGAUGGUUUUCCCUUAAGAAAAUGUAAAAAAGCCUUCAAGAAAAAGUCUCAAAAGAGGACACGUCACAGAAUGCAAACAAGCGAGAAGCAUCAUACCUGCAAAACGUGUGGGAAAACCUUUAGUGAAAAGAGCGUUUUGUUGCGUCACACAAAAACUCACACGGGAGAGAAGAUUCAUUCUUGCAAAACGUGUGAGAAAACCUUUGUUCAACACAGUGAUUUGAUGAACCACAUGAGAAUCCACACCGGCGAGAGGCCAUACUCUUGUAAAACAUGCGGGAAGUCUUUCAAUCAAAGUGGUCAUUUGAUGGCCCACCAGCGAAUCCACACCGGUGAGAGGCCGUAUUCUUGCACAACGUGUGAAAAAACCUUUAGUCGAGGUAGUAAUUUGUUGAGCCACAUGCGAUGCCAUACAGGAGAAAAGCCUCACGUUUGUGAGACCUGCGGGGAAAGAUUUACAACGUCAGGGUCGCUUAAAAUCCACACCACGAGCCACACAGGAGAGAGGCCUCAUCCUUGCCAAGCAUGUGGGAAAACCUUCACUACACGCUGUAACCUUCUGCGCCACAUGAGAAUGCACACAGGAGAGAAGCCAUAUGUUUGUGAGACCUGCGGGGAAAGAUUUACUCUGUCAACGUCACUUAAAAGCCACAAAACUAUCCACACGGGAGAGAAACCGUAUCACUGUAAAACCUGUGGGAAAAUGUUCCGCCAGAGUCAUCAUUUGUCGUUGCACAUGAAGACCCACAAACAGCAGAAGUCGUAGUGCUGAAAGUUUUGUGGGGAAAACCGUAUUUCAAACACCUUUACACUACUCCAACAACUAUUCUGAUUGGCAGCAUUUGUUCUGAUAAUAUCUGUUCAUUUUUCUUUUUUUUGUAAGAAGUCCCUCAUGAACAGUUGACCUCCUCACCCGAUCACUAAGGAAGGCCAGCACCACCCUUCAGAGGAUGCUCAUUUCUGCUGCUAUAUCUGUGAUAACGUUCUUUUGACCUUUUGAAUUUCAGGGAGUUUCUAGUUUUGGGAGAUUGCUUUGCGAUUCUGGAAGAAGGGUUUUGUAACUUUUCUAAUAACGCUAUAAUCAACCUUUGAGUUCAGCAUGUUUUCAGUGAUUUUCUACAGCAGUUUCUUUGUCAUAUUAUUACAACUGUGUAAAUUUAUAACAAUACAUUCAAAUAUUAAAAAAUUGGAGGAGCAUUUUGUCAGCUGAUGGUCUUCAUCUGCAGCCUUUGAGAUUUUCUCCUGUGACGGAGUCGCACAAACUUUACCUCCAUCACUUUGGAUUCUGAGUGUUGUUGAAAACCAGAGGAUACAAGACGAUAUCUGACUCUGAUUGAAAUAUCUGUUAUUCUUUUUUACUGUGUCUCAGUUGUUUGUGGGUUAUGAGCUCAGAUGUCGGAGUGGUGAUAUCUGACAGCUGAAGCAGUUUUGUUUCUGUUUCUUCAGAAGACAAACAAACUGUAAAUGUUCGACAUUGUUAGAAAAU